UAGGAAUAAUUUAUAUUAUUCGUUGUAUAUUAUCAUACGUUCAAUCGCGUUUUCCCGCCAAAAUGCUUUGCUUGCGAUACUUUCGCUUUAGAUUGCUAGAUGGUGUUUAUUAAUCCAACAUGGCAACAUGGAAUGUUUUCCAUAAUUUUAUUAUCUCAAGCAAUGUUGAAAGUAUUAUCAAAGUAGUAAAAAAGUGUACGUGUAAGAAAAUUUAUUUUGAUUGUGAGUGUGUAGUUUAAAAGUAAAGACAGAUUACUGUAUCUUGUUAUUGAUUCAUGUGUUUCAACAUAAUACUGUAUUACUUGCUGUUUUUCUUAUUUUCUUGUUUUGUUAUAGCAUCAUUAGAUAAUAUAAACUUGUGAACAGUUUAAUUAUAUAGAAUGAAAAAUACAUGUAAAAGAAAAAUUCUAUAUGUCGUAGAAAAUAGAUACAUGUUUUAUAUUUUAUUCCUUCCUUCAAACAUUCUAUCAAGGAACAACGCAUGUAACUGCGAAUGAAUCUUGAUCAAAAAUUUCAACGAACUAAAUCGACUAAUAGAAAGUAUAGCGAAGAAGGUCCAUUCUACUAAUAGCUUUUGAAAUUUUUAUUGCGAUGAUAGAAACAUACAACGUAGGCAAAAUUAAACCAAAUCUUACUGAUAAGAAUAAUAAUAAUUAUCUUCCAGUCAUAUGGAGAAAAAAAAAGAUUUCUAAGAUAAUUCCAAAAUAAUCCCUAAACAAAUAAUUGAUUAGAUGAUGUAACAGAAAUGAUGUAACUAUUAUCAAAUAUACAUUGUGUUUAUAAAUCAAGUGGACAACCGUAGAACAAACAUGGAAUAUACAAUAUCAGCUGACGAUGUUAAAUUUCUUAUGAUUAUUGAUAUUACAAUUCUGUUAUCAUGAUUACAAAAGAUAAUAAGAAAAAGAGAUUUUCUUAUUAUUAAAAAUAAUAAUGAAAAUAUUUAUUCGAUAUUUUUUUUUAUCUUUUGAUCGUUGUAUACUCGAUAGCCGCGAUAAGACUUGAUCAAAGAAAAGUAAUUAGAAUCGACCUCAUAACGUGACGUUAGAGAUAAAUGAUACGUCCUGUUUGCAUUAACUACUGAAUAAAUCGACAACUUUAUAAUUUUCAUUAUGCAUGGAAAACAAACACGGGAUAGAUAGAAAUUAGAUAUUCUUUCAGUAAAAAAGUUGAGUUUGCAGAAUUUAAGAUACACGCAUGAACUUUUGAUAGAGAUUCUAUAUCACGAAAUUCGCUUGAAGUUUUAUACAACGAACCGAAGCAUGAACAGUGAAAACGUAGAGUUCGAGAUGAUGCCGAGAAAUUGCAAUUCAAGAUACGAAUUUUUGAAGAAAUAUUUCGGAUGGAUGAGACAUAUUUCGGUGGAACCAACGAUGUGGCUUUAUAUGAUGGCCUUCAUGAUAACUUCGGUAGUGGAGCAAGAUUUUUUUAUUAAUAAAGCGUGCAGAGUCGAUCACGAUCUAUCCGAAGAGACAUGCGCAAAUUUAAAAGUCAACGAGACCUUGAACACCAAAGUUCAGGUAACCGUAUCGAAAUUUCAUCAAUGGAACAAUAUAGCUGGACACGUGGUACCGAUAAUUUUAGCAUUGUUUUUCGGAAAUUGGAGCGAUAGACACGGUAGAAAGUUACCAUUGAUUUUAGGAUUGAUUGGUAAAUUUAUAUAUUCUUUUAUGAUUAUCAUUAAUUCGUUGAUAAGUAGUUGGAAUUUGAAUAUGGUGGUAUAUACCGCGAGUUUACCUAUGGGAAUGCUUGGAGGUAACGUUGCUAUAUUUGCCAGUUGUUUUUCAUAUAUAUCGGAUGUAACAACUGUUCAACAGAGAACUUUAAGAAUCACUAUACUCGAUGUUAUUUAUCUCAGUACUAUGCCUACCGGUGUGGCUCUUGGUUCGUAUCUCUUUACGAACGUCUUAAAUUCGUCCUACAGUAUAAUGUUCACGAUAAAUUCUGUCCUCCUUGCAAUUGCUAUUAUUUAUUCCUUUUUAAAUCUCAAAUGGCGGACGUCCACUCAACAACGACAAUUUUCGAACGUUAAUCCUUUCUUCGAAUUCUUCGAUAAAAAGCACGUAGCAGAAACGAUAAAAACGUUAAUAAGAAGAAGAGAAAAUCAUGAAAGAGCUUAUCUUUGGAUUUUCCUAUUAGCAAUGGCUUUAUAUACUUUUCAAAGAGACGAGAAACCUAUGAGCUAUCUUUACACGCAACUCACGUUUAAAUGGGGUGUCGCGGACUUCAGUAAAUUCAAAACAUUUCAAUCGGCACUCUUUGUAAUAGCUAUACUCAUCGGUGUACCUACGAUGAGUAAAUUAUUAGGAUUAAGAGAUACCGUAAUUAUUGCAAUUGGUGCUCUGGCACAUGCAGGUGGUAGAAUUGUUUUUGCUUUAACCACUAUACCAGAAUUAUUUUAUGUUGGAGCGGCUAUUGCAGCUUUGGGUCCUAGCGUUGCACCAGUAUUAAGAUCAAUGACUUCCAAACUUGUUCCUAUGGAAGAAAGAGGUAAAGUGUUUGCUAUGUUAUCUGUUUGCGACAAUGCAGUACCUCUCUUCAGUGGUAUUUUAUAUUCUCAACUUUAUAAUUUAACAAUUAAUACAGCACCUAGUUCUAUAUAUUGGUUAACAUUUUCUACGCAAAUUAUGGUGCUUUUACUUAUAUCUAUAAUACAUUUUUCAUCUAAAAAUGAAAAUGUACAAAAUGAAAACGAUGAAGAAAAGUAUAUUGAAAGUGAUUUAGAACAGGAUAAAUCUUCAAAUUGAAUGGUAAAGCAAUAAAAUAUGCACAAAAUAAUAAAAUUAGAUAUUUAUACAAUUGAUAAUAAAUUCUAUACUCUUGAUACUAUAUAUUACAUAGUAAAUUACGUUUAUAUUUUAAAAGAAAUUUUAUAAUUAUUCAUUCAUGUCUCGAUCAUGCAAACAGAGUAUAGUAAAAGACAAAUAUAAAAUACUAAAGAGAGAGAAAAAAUUGUAUGAAAUUUUUAUUUCGUAGAAAAUAUAAAAGAAUUGUAUACCAUGUAACAUUAAAUUUUCAGAAUGUAAGUUUUCUUAUAUUUUUAAUGAUCAAUACCAGUCAAUACAUUGACUGUAUAUAUACUUAUUAAGUAAUGAUAAAGUUAACUAUAACUAGAAUAAUAAUUUGUUAAGUUUACUAAUAAAAAGGUUUAUGUAAAAACAUAUAUAAUCAGACAAUUAAUCGCAUCAUGAAACUGUAUAUAGUAUUUAGUA